GACCGGAGACCAGGACCAGCUGGAGGCCGGGAUCCUGCAGCCGCAGACCGUGUUUGUCAUCCUGGACUCGGCUGAAACGCUCAAUCUGGUCCGGUGAGUGCGGAAGUUGUGAGAGUUUCCGUUAUCUCUGCUGGUUUGAAGAACAUCACGCCAAACUCCCUGCAGAAAUCUGUAUUUUUUAACAGCCGCUGUGCUCCGCGGUACAAAGAUUAUAUAUUAUAUUUAUCACAACAUGUCUGAAGACUUGUGUUGAAUCUGUAGUUUAUUCUGGUAAAAUCGGCUUAUAAAUGACACAGCAAACGUGUUGUUUAACUAAUGUGUUAAUUAACAAUCACUACGGCUGCAGUAAAAAUGAAUACAAAGCGAAUCACGUAAUAAAACUAAUCUUUUUAUUUGAAUAAGUUUUGAUAUAUGCCUUUAGUCAAUGCCGAAUUAAAUUGUACUUACUAAGUAUUCAGGAAAAUGUCAAGUUUCGUCCUGUAAGAUGGCAAAAAUAGCGGAUAAGCAAGUUAAAUAAAUAGCAGAAUCCUCGAAUAGAGUUUGGCGUAAUGGGCGUAAUUAUGAUAAACCUGCUAAUAGAGCUAUCAUAACUGUUAAUGUUAUUGUUGUUGUUGUUAAUGAUAAUGAUGAAGUAAGUAGUAGUUCUACUGAACUGAAUAAAGUGAUAACCUGCGGUGGGCGUGUCAGUUAUCCAUGUUAGAAAUAUUUUAUCUGAAUGAGAUCUCGUUGUUUUCAUUGGAGCAGAUAAGAAACAUAUCCGUUCAUUUUUCAUUAACACGAAUUGGGCUUCGUGUAAAAGAUUAAUGCCGAAUGAAAGUGUAGAAGAUAAAGUUUCAGAAACACAGUUUAAGUCUUGUUUUGCACGUUAUAUAAAUUGACUGAGAGGCAAGUUAACUUUAAACUGUUUAAGUUAUGAAUGGAGUUUGGUGGAAAGUGAUCUCAGCUGCCUCGGUGGCGACAAAGAAGCAAGUUAAAAUGUGUGAGGUUGUAAUGUUAAAGUGCUGAGUAUGAUGAUGAUGAUGAUGGUAGUGAUGAAGGUCACAUGUUUGUUAACCUGUGUGAUGGUUGAGACUUGUUUCAGGCAGGUUGUUGUUGUUACUGUCUGACCUUUGACCCCUGAUCCUCUUUACUUUUCUGCUGUAAUGAGUCAUCCAAGAUUAACACACACACAAACACAAACACACACAAACACACACACACACACACACACACACAGCAGCUGGUCCUCUUCAUGUAUUUUCCCAGGGGAAUCACAGAGACAGACAGGCAGAGCGAUAGGUCCCGUCUAGUCUUCGCCGCUCCCCCCUUGGUCACACCACCACACCCUGCUCACAAACACACACACACACACACACACACACACACACACACACACACACACACCACAAACAAAAAUAUGUGGGCGGUGAGACAGCAAAGGGAAAGUAAAAACACGGAGGAGGAGGAGGAGACGUGUCUAUUUGUGUUUAACAAACAGUUUAACUAAAGAAGAGGUAAGAUGAAGAGGAUGGUAGACUGAUGAAGGUGGUUAAGUGAAGACGUGAAGGUGAAGUGAUGAGGAUGAUGAAGAUCAGUGUCUCAGUUCUGGUUGUUUCUGCUGCGUUUGAAUUCUUUGUUCAAACUGUUUCCAGAUGCUCUUUAACCAAAAACACGACCUGCUUUCUUUUUAACGUCAUUUUUUACAGCGUGGACCGUUCAGAAACCACUACACCUCCUCACACCUCCUUAUUUUAGAUUUUCUGGUUGUAGCUCAACUUUCAGGUUGUAAAACUACAAUUUGGGAAUAUUUACGACUUAAUUUACAAUGUGAUAUAUGUUGAUUAAAAUAAAUCUAAUCUCAGAGUACAAAAUCUGAACAAACCGGCCUCCAAAGUCCUCAGAGAGAUUCUGAUUUGAUUCAUUUGGGAGUUAAAAAGUUUAUCUUCUGUUAGAACCGUUAAACAAACUAUUAACCAGUUUCCUCCAGUAUUUAGAUGUUCUGCUUGGAUCUGUUAAAGCUUCUCAGCAGGAGACGAGACGACAAACGUCACUAAAAAAUUAAUUUUUAAAGGAAAAAGUCCAAGUGUGCUCACAUGCAAGUUACUGUUGUUAACAGGUUAAAAUGUCUCAAAGUGUUUAAUGUUUGCUUGUGAGUGUCUGACGGGUGAAAAUCCCUGAAAUCGGUUGAACUGUAAACAUUAAAAGCGGCUGAACUUGGAGUAUGAAAACAGUUGAAGUGUCGGUUCACAUGUAGGUGCUGAAAGUGUCUGAAGUGUAAACACUGUAAGUAGUUGAAAUGAAUUGGUAUGAAAGUAGCCGAACACUUCAUGUGCAGGUUGACGUCUACUAGACUCAAUUAAAUAUGAGCUGUGAUUAAAGUAGCUGAAAUGUUAUCACUGAAAGCAGUUGAAGUGUCGGGUGAUAAGUCAGUUUUCCAAAUAUCAGUUGAUGAGUCAUCACUGUAAGUACUUACUACUUACUUUAAUCCUCUUUGUCCCUGUUGGUAAAUAAGGCUUCGGUGAUCUGCCUCCAUCUAGACCGGCCUAGUGCUGCACGCUGCGCCACGUUAGCUCCACCUCCUUUAACUCAGCUGUCACAGUUGUUUUGGGUCGACCUUGCUUCCUUUUCCCUGAUGGAGUCCAUGUUAGUGCGACUUUAGGGAUUCGAUCCUGGGCCGUUCUGAAGACGGUGUUUGAUCUCCAGCAUCACAUGUUGCUCUUUGUCGUCUCGUAUAUCUGUUCAUUUGAGAUCUUCUCAGGUCAGAAGAUGCUGUAGGCAGUAGAAAUUAAUUGUUGAAGUGUCGGUUUUGUCUGAUACACCUGGCGUUACACCUGGAUCUGUUCCUGGAAAAGGGGAAAACACACAUGAACACAGGUGUGAAUGCACUCAGAAUCUGAUCAGAUCAGCCAGAUCACACCUGGACGUGGUCAGUCUCAGUUGUGAUCAGAUUUCAGCUGGUGUAAAUGUAAUCCAUACAGCUUAAAAAAAAAUUAGCCCAGUAAGUUGAAAGGUCACCUAGCUCCGCCUCUUCCUGCCAGCUAAAGCAAGCAAGUAGCAGCAGCAGCAGCAGCAGCUAGAAGUCGUCCCUCACGAAAAAUGAUGAAGAAAUUAAAUUAAAGUUCAGGGCAGCAGGUUCAUCGACCUGAGACGCCGGCACUGCGUUGAUAAUUUGCACAUUGAGAAUCUGAAUGCAAAGAUACAGGCUGCUCCCUAUGUAAUAGACACUUAACAGUUUUCUGAAUAGUGAGCAGUAAAUCAAGAUUUCAGACACUCACUAAUCAUCAUUUUGCAUCAUCACCAUCACCAUCGUUCCGUUUUUGAGGGCACUAUAUAGCGGAUAUAUAUACACACUCAGCAUUUGGACACUUAAAUAAUACUGCGUAGAGUAAAUGUAGCACAUUAUAUAGUAAAUAGGGAGUGAUGUCAAACAAAGCCCCAAGGAUCCGAUACUAUUAUCCAUAUAAUGUAUCACAUGAUACCAGGUGUAAAUGGGCUCCACAUGUAAGUGUAUGAGGUGAAAGUAGUCGAAGUGUUAGUUAAAAACCUGUAAUUUCCCCGUUGCCCCUGAAUACUGCAGUGUUGUUUGAAAGGUGCUGAGUCAGUGUGAGUCAGAUAAGUUCAGUCAUCAGAGAUUUAAUGAAACAAACAGAAAGUGAAAACUCAGCAGGUCUGAAUAAUGUUCACACACCGAGUCCAGACCAGACCAGCAGGUGCACAAAGGGUUAAACUCUGCUGACUUUAGUCUUACUGAGACUUCUUACAGUGGAGGAAGAGGAGGAGGAGGUGUGUCUGUAGCUCCAUGUGGACUGUGUUAUAAAUGGAAGUGACUCAGCAGAAAAACACACACACAUACACACACACACUUCCUGUAGAUGUGUGUGUGUGUGUUGUUCCUUCACAUUCUUCUUCUCUUUCUCUUUCUGGUUUCUCUUGUGAAGUCCGUCCUUCAGCAGCAGGAAUGUGUUUUUCUGUCUGUGGGGUUUUUCCGUUUCUCUUCCACACAGUCAGCGUUUGAUCGCAGCAGCUUCUGGUGGAUGUUUAGAGGAAAUGCUGCUGCGGCUGAGGAGGCUUCUGAUUGGUUCGUUCUGUUCUGUUCUGUUCUGUCUGUCAGGGUGGAGUCUGGCAUCGUUGCUGACAUCGAGGUUGAUGGUUUGCUGCCGUCAGACUGUGAUACUUUCUACCAGAUCAAGAGUCAGCCAAUCAGCUUCAGUGCUUCAGCAGCAGCCUCCUCCUCUUCAUCAUCUUCAUCCUCACUGCCAUCAGCCAUGUCGUCCAGGGUUUUGAUGCGUCAGGAUCUGAUGCGUCAGCAGGCUCUGGAGGAGGAGCAGAAGGAGGCGCAGCAGCUCCCCCGCCCGCCGGCUGACUCCUCCUCCCCCAUGUCUGUCUCUGUGUCCUCCUGCAGACCUCCUGCUCAGGUCCCUGUGGAGGUGCUCAAGGUGCAGACUCACCUGGAGAACCCCACCAGGUAUCACAUCCAGCAGGCUCAGAGGCAGCAGGUGCGUCAGUAUCUCUCCACCACUCAGGCCGCCACCGCCAAGACAGUCAAUCUGACGCCGAGCCACUCCCCCCAACUCGGCUCCGCCCCCGGCAACCAGCCUGCAGCCAACAGCCCCAAACAUGAGAUGGAAGAGACAGUCAUCGAUGACAUCAUCAGCCUGGAAUCAAGCCUCAACGACGAGUUUCUGACGCUGAUCGACUCUGGACAGCAGCUCGCUACCACGCUGCCGGUGGCGGGGAACAUGCUGGACUUGUAUGGAGGCGGUGGCGGUGGCGGCGGCAGAGGGAUGGCCAUGCCCACCAUCACCGUUAGCAACAGCUGCCCGGCCGACCUGCACGCCGUCAAGACGGAGCUGAGCAAUGUGGAUUCCAAAGCUCUGAUGAAAGAGAGACAGAAGAAGGACAACCACAACCUCAUCGAGAGGAGGAGGAGGUUCAACAUCAACGAUCGGAUCAAAGAGCUCGGAGCUCUCAUCCCUAAAGACAGCGACCCGGAGACGAGGUGGAACAAAGGAACCAUCCUGAAGGCGUCGGUGGAUUACAUCCGCAAACUGCAGAAAGAACAACAGAGAUCUCGAGAGAUGGAGGAGAGACAGAGGAGGCUGGAGAACACCAACCGAUCCCUGCUGCUCAAGAUACAGGAGUUGGAGCUUCAGGCUCGCCUCCACGGCCUCUCCUCCUCUUCCUCCUCUUCCUCUCUGGAUGUCACCGUGGCCGACCCCCAGGCACUCCUCUCCCCCUCGCUGCCUCACCCCUCCUCCUCUGUGGUCAUGACGACCCUGGUGACCCCCCUGCAGGGUUUAGAUGCCCUUAGCUUUGCGGAGCUGGACGAGCCUCAAGGUGCGUCCGGCGUCUUCUCCCCCGACCUGAUGUGUGACGUCGGGCUGACGUCGCUGGACAUCCUGAUGGAGGAGGGAGGAAGAGGAGACGUGAUGUCACCUGCAGGAGGCGCUGACCCGCUGCUGUCCUGCGGAGCCUCAAAGAGCAGCAGCAGGAGGAGCAGCUUCAGCAUGGACGACGACCUCUGAUGACGUCAGCACUCUGAUGGAUAUGAUUGGUCCGUGCUGGAAGCGGGAAGCCGGCCUGCUGGGAGCUUUUUUUUUUAAAUUUUUUUUAUUUUUUAAAUAGAACUAUUUUUAAUCGAUGACAUCACAAACUGAACGAAGCACAAGUCGAUGUCACAGGGAAUCACUGUCCUACAGUGUAACCAUGGCAACCGCUGUCCCUCCAGGAUGCUCCUGUGUAACCAUAGUAACCACUGUAUCCUCAGUGUAGCCAUGGUAACUGCUGCAUCUUCCUCUGUAACCAUGGUAACCACUGUAUCCUCCACUGUAACUGUGACAUCCACUGUGUCCCGCAGCGUGAUGACCGUUGAGUUCAGCCCAGAAACAACUAGAAGCUGAUUGGCUGUUUCUGAACAAACCCACAGCUGAUUGGUUGGUAGAGGUACAGCUGGUCAGCGCUCCAGGUGAUCAAUAACUCCUCAAUAUCAGGUGAAAAGUCUUAAAUUCAGUUUUCAAAAACUCAGAAUUUGUUUCUCGAGUUUUAGUUCAGAAGAAGUUUCUGGUUCUCAGGAUAAACAUGAACAUCAUCAGUGAAGAAUUCAAAGUUUGGUUUAAAGUUCUUCAUUUCGCACCACGAGGAACCUAAAACAUGUUCUUUGAUGCAGCAGAUGUUUCUGUAGGACGGAGGAGUUGUUUUUAUAAACGUCCUACAGAUCAAACUCUUAAACCGUCCUGACAAACUGGCUCUUUUGUUUCCAAUCAGCUGUUAAUAGUCGUGUUUGAUCAAUCAGUGACCUGCAACACUGUAAGCUACGUCCUGAUAGGUCCUGCUCCAUCACAUGGUCAGGAUCAGGGAUGUUAAAAACUAGAAUCAUCGUGGAAGACUUUUUAUGCCCGGAAGAGAAAAAUAAAAGGAUGAAAAAUUGGAAAUAACAAAAAUAAAAAUACUCAUGCAAAGUCAAAAUUCUGACUAAAUUUAGAUUAUGAGAUACUAAUUUACACCAUGGCGACCGACGGGUUAAAAGAAUCACAGCAUCCUGGUUUAAGUCCGGUCGGGGACGUUUGUCAGAGGUCGAACUCGCUGACUCUCUAUAUACUAUAUAUACCUUAGGUAAUAAGUCACAAUUCUGAUUAUUAUCUAAUAAUCUUGACUUUUAAAGUCUUUUUUUUAACUUUUGAAAUUAUGAGAUACUAAUAUAAAAUUCUGAUUUACCGUCUAUUAAUCUUUUUAAAAGUCCAAUCCUUGGUUCAGUAACUUGUAAUUUUGACUAAGAAUGACAUUCCUCAUAAUUUUGACUUUUCACGAGUAUUCUGUCAUUCCUAAAUUUAUCUUUUCCCGGUUGCAAUGAGCUUCCUCACAAAAGGAAAGACGGGUUCCCAGAAAAGUUUCUGUGGUUGAAAAGGGCUUAAAAUCACCUCUGUUGAUAUUUUUUUUAUAUAAUGAUUUAAAUUAGAGUGAAUCAGUUGUUUUAGCUGUUAACAUGAUCAUAAAAGUCCUGCUGCUCAGCCAUCAGUGAUGUCACAGCAGGUGUCAGAGUCCUUCAGUGCUAAAAUGAUUGAUCGAUCAUACUUGUUUCACCUGUUCUGACCAGUUUAACCACCUGAGAUACAAGAGACAACAUUAUUAAACACCUCCGAGUCUUCAGUUGUGUAGUCACAUGUAAGAGUUUUCAGAGUAAAGAAGCAGUUUGAAGAAUCAUUUCAUAUAGAAUAUGUGUUGUGUCUGUAAAAACAAAAAACAAAGUAUAUUCAGGAAAAAGGUUGGAGGCUUUUUAAUGGGACGCCUGUUCUGACACUUCAGUCCUGUAAAUGUAAAUAUGUACAUAAACACAUGAAUCUAUAAUCACUGUGUGCUGGAAACAAACACCCUGAGGAGAUAUUUUAGUGGAAGAAAAGAGAAAAUUUUAGCUGACUGAUUGAUCUGAUCAGGAUUUAUUAUUAAAGAUAUUAGUCUGUUUUUAUCUUUACUUUAGAUUUUUGAGCUUCAGAGGAAAACGAAGGGAAACUAUUGAUCCACCAGCAGCAUCACCUGGAUCUGUUCUUAUGUAGAGAAAAACUCACUUUAAAGGGGCAUAAAGCUGUUUUAGCUGCUUCAUCAGUGUUUACACUGAUGUCCUUCAUUCAAGCAGUUUCACUUCAAAACUAAAAUCCACCUGCAGAGAGAUAAUCCAGCAUUUAGGAAGCUUUGUUAUUUUAUCAAAGUUUUCGUCAUUUUGUAAUUAUGUUGAGAGCAGAGACUGUUUUCAAAAUCUCACCUUGUUGAAGUUCAAAUGUGAAAUUUCAGAGUCAUCUGUUGAAACUUUUUAAUGGAAAAAGAAAAGGACCACAUUCACUGAACUGUAUGAACUAUAGGUUGGAACCAACUGCCAAGUUAGCUAGGUGUUAGCGAUAGCAUCUCCCAUCUAUGAAUUAGUUCAUGGACACCAGCUAGUUCAGCUAGUUGUAACUGUUAACUACAAACUUGAUAGUUUGUACAGCUAAUGUUAGGAGUUAACUGGAGCUAUAGAUGAAUUAUAAUUCAGAACUAACUGCUAGCUGUUAUCUACAAAAUAUAGUUCCUACAGCCAACUAUAGUAAAGAGAACGUUAGCUAACUGUUAGAUAAAAGCCAGCUAUAGCUAAGCUAUCAACUCUAUUAGUUCAUAGUUAACAGAUAGGAUAACAUACUGUUAGCUGUAGCUUGUUGUUACAGACAAACUGUGUCUAUACAGCCAACUAAAUAGAAAGCUAACUGCCUGUUAGCUAUAACUGAACUGCAUGAACUGUAGUUUGGAAACAACUCCAAAGUUAUAGCUAUAGCUGGCUUUUAUCUAUCAACUCUAUUAGUUCAUAGCUUACAGCUAGGAUAAGUAGCUGUUAGCUGUAGCUCACUGUUAUUCAGAAACUUUGCAGUCGGCUACAGUUAAAAGUGAGCUAACAGACUGUUGGCUGGAGCUGAAAGAUAUGAAACUGCAUUGUGGAGCCAACUGAUAAGUUAGCGGUUAGCUCAACAAAAGCGGUUAGACACAAGCUAACUCACUGCUGUAGCUGCAGCUAACAGUCAGUUAGCUUUGUCUCAAAUAUGUUUUCUGCACAUUAAUGUCAUCUGCAGACAAAUGUGAAGCAGCAGAUUGUUUGUUUGGGUUUGUACAGAAACUCAAGACUGAUCUGAUGUCAGCUCUUUGCUUCACAUUCAGACAUUCAGACUGUGACAUCUGAACUUUAAAUGUCUGAGAUUUUAAUCCAGUUGUCCUCCCUGAUGUCAUGAGACUAAAAACAGAACACAGGUUUAGUUUUAUCAGUUCCUCACCGAAGGAGAAACAUUUUAAUAGUGAAAAUAUCACCAGAAUAAAGAGCCAUGAACUGUCUGGAUGUUACAUGAGGUGAUACCGGUUACUAUAGCAACAGCAGCCGGCCCAGCUGUCAAUCAUCUGUUAUCAGAUGAAAGCUUCCUCCAUAAAGGGAUUUCUGUUUGUCAUUUAUUGAUGUUUUUAUUAUGUUUAUAUGACAUUUAUGUUUACAAACACACAGCUCAGUGUU